AUGGCCACCGGAAGAUUCUUCAAAGAAGUAGAAUUACCCGAGCAAAAAUCUCACGACGACGGCGUUCUCUUCCCGGCGGUGUUAUCUCCAAUCUCCAACACUGAUCUUACAGGCUUUGAAGACGCGAUCAGAGCUCAUAAACCAUGGCUGGAUUCUCUUCUCCAAAAAAGAGGCGUUAUUCUCUUUCGAGGCUUCCCUGUUACCUCUCCUUCCGACUUCAACGACGUCGUCGAAGCUUUUGGGUUCCCUGAAGCCUUCUACGUCGGCGGCAGAGCCUCCCGAACUCAAGUCGUCGGCCGGAUUUACACCGCAAAUGAAAGCCCGCCGGAAAUGCAAAUUCCUUUCCAUCAUGAGAUGGCUUAUCUUCCAGACUUCCCCUCGAAGUUAUUUUUCUUUUGUGAAGAAGCACCAGAAGCCGGAGGAGAAACUCCGGUAGUUUUAAGUCAUAUCAUAUAUGAAAAGAUGAAAGAGAAACACCCAGAGUCCGUAGCAAAACUGGAGGAGCAUGGAGUAAAAUAUACAAAAAUAAUGAGCGAAGAUAAUCAAGAAUCAUUUUUCACUGGUAGUGGUUGGAAGUCAGCAUACAUGACCAAUGACAAGAAUGUUGCAGAAGAAAGGGCAGCGAAGCUGGGAACGAAGCUUGAAUGGAUGGGGAGUGAUGUAAAAGCUAUUACAGGUCCGAUGCCAGGGAUAAGGUUUGACAAGAAAAGUCAACGGAAGAUUUGGUUCAAUGGUUUGGCAGUUAGUUAUAGUGGCUCUUCGACUACUAAAAAUAAUGAUCGGAAUACAUUCAUUGAGCUUGGAAAUGGUGAACCUGUGUCGGAUUCUGCCAUGGAAGAUUGCUUGAGAAUCAUGGAAGAAGAGUGUGUUGCAAUACCAUGGAAGAAAGGUGAUGUUAUGCUUGUUAAUAAUUUGAUGGUUCUUCAUAGCCGAAGGCCAUUGAUAAAGCCACCUAGAAGCAUUCUCGCAUCCCUUUGCAAGUGA